AUGGGGACAGCGACCCAGCAAACCCUCAUCGCUUUACUCUCCAUAGCGGCAGUGGUUGCCAAGGCAGAAGACACCUGCCCAGAGGUGAGGAUAGUGGGACUCAGUGGUUCCGAUAAACUCGCUGUUCUCCAAGGAUGCCCUGGCAUGGCUGGUGCCGCAGGACCCAAAGGUGACCCAGGAGCUGCAGGACUGAAAGGUGUUCGGGGAACACAGGGAAUCCCUGGGAAGGCAGGGCCACAGGGGCUGAAAGGGGACAGAGGUGUUGCUGGUCCCCCAGGUCCAAAAGGUGAUAAAGGAUCUCCUGGAGCACCCGGAACACUAGGAGAGCGAGAGCUGGACAGCGUACAGUGUAAGAAAGGAGCAAAAAACUGCAAGGAGCUGUUAGCUAGAGGGAACACCCUGAGCGGCUGGUACACCAUCUACCCGCAUGACUGUAAUGCCAUGACCGUGCUGUGUGACAUGGACACCGAUGGGGGGGGAUGGAUUGUUUUCCAAAAACGGGUAGAUGGUUCCGUGGAUUUUUUCCGUGACUGGGGUUCAUACAAGAGAGGUUUCGGCAGCCAGCUGUCAGAAUUCUGGCUGGGGAAUGACAAUAUCCACCUGCUGACAUCCCUUGGAAACCAUGAACUCCACAUUGACCUCAAAGACUUUGAAAACAACACGCAGUUUGCCAAGUACAAGUCAUUCAAGAUUGCAGGAGAGACGGAGAAAUACAAACUGGUUCUUGGAGACUUUCUUGGAGGCACUGCAGGUGAUUCACUAACCUCGCACAAGGACAUGCCGUUUUCAACCAGAGACCAUGACAACGACCUGGGCUCAAACGCUCGAAACUGUGCUGCAAUCUACAAGGGGGCCUGGUGGUACAAGGACUGUCAUUGGUCCAACCUGAAUGGGAUGUACUUGACUGGUGCCCACGCCAGCUUUGCAGAUGGGGUGAACUGGAGGACGGGCAAAGGAUAUAAUUAUUCCUACAAACAAUCAGAAAUGAAAUUUAGGCCUGUCUAG